AUGGCUGUAAUAGUUAACAUAUUUAUUUUCAUAGCAAUAAUUUUCUAUUGCACUUGCUAUUCUAUGGCUACAAGUAAUACUUCUUUACCAAAAUUUCCAGCAGUUUUCUUUUUUGGUGAUUCUAUAUUCGAUACCGGUAAUAAUAAUUAUAUCAAGACAAUAUUUAAAGCGAAUUAUCGUCCUUAUGGUCAAGAUAUUAAUGGUGGUGUUCCUACAGGAAGAUUUUCUAAUGGAAAACUUAUUCCUGACAUGUUGGCUUCUGUUCUUAAAAUUAAGGACAGUGUCCCUCCAUAUUUGGAUCCUAACCUUACUGAUAAUGAUCUUAUCACCGGUGUUAAUUUUGCAUCAUCUAGUGCUGGAUUUGAUGAAAGAACAGCUUUAUUAACCAACGUUAUUACUGUUUCAACGCAAUUAAACCAUUUUGAAGACUACAUAGCGAGACUUAAAGGAAUUGUUGGAGAGAAAAAGACUAUGGAGAUAAUUAAUUCUUCUCUUGUGGUAUUAGAUGGUGGAACCAACGAUUUUAAUUUCAAUAUAUUUGACAUUCCUGCAAGAGAAUUCACAAUGACAGCAACCCAGUAUAUAGAUUUUUUACUAAAUAAGGAGGAAGAUUCUAUUAAGAAAUUGUAUGAUCUUGGAGUGCGGAAUCUUAUAGUAGCUGGAAUUCUUCCUAUUGGCUCCUUACCCCUUCAAACAAGUUCAAGAUAUAUUGAUCCAUUUCAGCUAAAAUAUAGUUUGGAAGAACAAAAUAAAAUCUCUUUAGAUUAUAAUAAAAAGCUCAUCAGCCUAUUAAUUAAAUUGCAGCAGAGUCUUCCAACAUCAAAACUCGUCUAUACUGACUUUUAUUUCACUAUUAUGGGCAUGAUCACUAAUCCUGACAAAUAUGGUUUUGAGGAAACAAAGAAUGGAUGUUGUGGAAGCCUUAUUUUGAAACAAGGUAUCUUAUGUGAUCCGAUAACCCCACCAUGUAAAGACCCUUCAAAGUAUUUAUUUUGGGAUAGAAUUCAUCCCACCUCAACAGCUUAUCAGUAUAUUAUUAAUUUUAUGGUGCAAAAUGUACUUCCUAAAUUCCUCUCAUAA